AAAUCCUAUUGGUCGAAUUCGUUGGAAACACCGAAACUGGCCACGUGUACCAGCUCGCGAACCAUCUCGACGCCGCGAACGCCCGUGCCCCCUCUCGGCUCCCCAUAAAACGCCGCGCCGGGGAGACAUUUUUGAGAAAAAUCAAGAAAAGAAAUCAGGGGAAGAAAAAAAAGAGAAAAGAGUCAAGCCAAACCUCGGCAUCGGCAGCCGACGAUGAUUCGCGGAAUUCUUCUGUCGCUGUUCCUGGUCCUUUCGCUUCUCUUCUUCUUCGCCGGCGAAGCCAAAACCCUAGAUCCUUACAAGGUCCUUGGGGUUGAUAAAAAUGCCAGUCAGCGUGAUAUUCAAAAAGCCUUUCACAAGCUAUCUCUGCAGUAUCACCCUGAUAAGAAUAAAAACAAGGGUGCACAGGAGAAAUUUGCUGAGAUCAACAAUGCAUAUGAAAUUCUCUCAGAUGAAGAGAAGAGGAAGAACUAUGAUUUGUAUGGAGAUGAGAAGGGUAACCCAGGAUUUGAUGGAGGUAAUUUUGGGAAUCAAGAUGGAUAUACAUACUUCACAAGUGGUGGCCCUGGAAGCAGUUACUUUACCUCUAACCCCGGUGGAUGGCAGACAAUGGGUGGUCAAGGAAACACGAAGACUUUUUCCUUCUCCUUUGGUGGUGACCGUGGUUCUGGUGGAAGUCCAUUUGGUUUUGACUUUGGUGAUAUAUUUUCCAACUUUUUUGGUGGUGGGAUGAAUGCUGGGAACAAUUAUGGUGGUUUCAGUAGCUCGGGCGGACAGAACUCCAGAUUUGCUUCUUCUGGGAGCCUUGAGGAUAUCAAUUCACAGUUUUUUAACAAACAAAUAAGCGGUCAAGGCUUGACUUGGCUUCUAGUAUUUUAUACACCUUCUGCCAAGGGAUAUCAUGUAUUAGAAUCCAUUGUAGGGGAUGUUGCGAGUUCAUUGCAUGGAGCAUUAAAGGCUGGUAGGAUAAAUUGUCUUAGUGAACAGACUUUGUGUAAGCAUCUUGGUGUAUCAUCAGCCUCCAAAUCUCCUCGUUUGUUCAUUUACUCAUAUAAAUCCUGUGAAAAGGGCUCCUUGGUAGAAUAUAGUGGUGAAUUUGAUGUGAGGAGUCUGAAAAGCUUCUGUCAGGACCAUCUACCAAGAUUUUCCAUACGUGUAGACCUUGGACGGUUUGACUUUUCCUCAAGCACCUCAAAUCUUCCACAAGUGUUGCUGCUCUCGACUAAGAAAGAUACACCAGUUAUGUGGCGUACUAUCAGCGGGUUGUAUUGCAAACGCUUUGUAUUCUAUGAUGCAGAGGUUCAUGAUGUUUCACACCCUACUUUAAAAAGAUUUGGGGUGAAGGAGCUUCCAGCUGUUGUUGGUAGGCUUGCAAAUGGUGAGGAGUAUGUUCUAAGAGCAGGAAUCACUGUUAAGGAUCUAAAAUCCGGCAUCACUGAGUUGACAGCAUUGCUUGAAAGUUUUGAGAAGAAAAAUAAGAAGGUAGCUUCAAACCAAGCCAAAAAAACAUCACAGACGGAAUCACAGGGGGGAAAUAUUCCUUCACUCACAUCAUUGAAUAUAGAUAAUAUUUGUGGAUCCAAGACCGCAGUAUGCGUUAUAGGUGCCUUCAGGUCAUCCAAAGCUAAAGAGAAGUUGGAAGCCAUUCUGUCAGCGGUCUCCCAGAAGACGUUGGUGAGGCGACAAAACCAGGCUGACAACUCGGGGGAUUCAAUUACUUACUCUCUGCUGGAUGCCUCCAAGCAUUCGGCAUUUCUAUAUUCCUUUGACAGGUCAGGGUUCAAGUCCUUUGAUAAGCUUCUGGUGGCUUACAAGCCUCGGAAGGGGAAAUUUGCAGUUUAUACAGAUGAAAUUACAAUGGAGGAAGCAGAGAAGUUUGUCAGUUCUGUUCUUAAUGGGGAUACCCGAUUCUCUAAGAUUCGGCAGAAACCUGUUUUUAGAUGAGGCUUAAAAGUGGCGGGACUCGCAAAUUUUGAGAAGUUAGCAUAUAGCUUUGUUCUUUUCCAGGCUGCAGUUUCUUGGUAGACUUAGAACUCCCACGAUGGCAUUCUAAUCUACAACUGUUGUAUAUAACCAGGUCUUCCACCGCCUGAUUGUGUGCAACUCUAGGCUUGCGGUUUAUCUUUCAUUGUUUUCAGCUGCCAGUGGUGCUGGAGAGGAGGGAGGACAUUAACAAGGCUUAUAAUUGUUGUCUUGGUAUAGAGAGAGAGAAGAAAUGGAAACCCAAGAAACAAGGGUUUUUACGUACAACCUAUGUACUUUAAUUCAUCAAUGAUGAUCUGUUAUUUAUUCUUUUGUUAAAACAAUUAUUUAGAGCAAAUUUGGAAGGUUCUUUGGUCUCGACAAA